AUGUACUUUGACGGUGCCCUCAACCUCGACGGCGCCGGUGCAGGCAUCCUCUUCAUCUCCCCGAGAGGUGAGCAACUAAAGUAUGUCCUACAGCUACUCUUCAAGGCCACCAACAAUGCGGCCGAGUACGAGGCCCUCAUCCACGGUCUCAGGAUCGCGGCCUCCCUUGGCAUCAAAAGUCUCAUCACCUACGGCGACUCCAAAGUCGUCAUCCAGCAAGUAAACAAGGAUUGGGACUGCACUCAGGAGAAGAUGGACGCCUACUGCAAGGAGAUACGCAAGCUAGAGGCCCACUUCUACGGCCUGGAAUUCCACCACGUCCUCCGGGACUACAACGUGGCAGCCGACGUACUCUUCAAACUGGGCUCCAAGCGGGCACUCAUCCCAGCUGGAGUCUUCGUGCAGGCUCUCAACUCCCCCACUGUCAAGAUCGAGGAGGAACCUCCCACCAAGCCUGACCUAGCGCCAGCCCUAGGCCAGGAAGUACUAGUCACCGAUCCAGAUUGGCGAGCCCCGGUACUCGACUUCAUCAUCAACAACAAGGUGCACGAGCGACUCGCCCGCCGAGCCGCAAACUAUGUCGUCAUCGGAACCGAGUUAUUCAGGCACUCGGCCUCCUGGGGAACACUUUCCAUGUGCAUCUCCCAGCAAGAUGGAGUCUGA